AUGAUUGCUUCUCAUUGUGCUGAACUGUUACCAAUCAUCUUGUUGACCAUAAUUGGUCUCCUUUAUUAUAUCAUUGCAGAAGUAGCUAACCCCAAGCAGAGUUUAGUGAUGUAUGCCACAACAGCUGGAUCGGGAGGGGCUGUGGUGGACCUGUGUAGAUCCUUUACCUUCAGAAACUCAGGACAGACUUACGAUGGAAUCCCUGUCAUGGCCGCCAAUAUGGACACAGUGGGAACGUUUGAAAUGGCCAAAAGCUUCGCCAAAAGCAAGUGUUUUGUUUGUAUACACAAGCAUUAUUCUGUAGAAGCAUGGAAGGAAUUCGCUGCAGAAAACAAGGGCAUCAUGGAGAAUGUAGCCGCCAGCACAGGUACGGGGGAGGGAGACUUGAAGAAGCUGAUCGCGAUAAGUCAGGCCAUCCCAGAACUCAAAUACAUCUGUGUGGACGUCGCUAAUGGCUAUUCUGAACAUUUCGUCCAAUUUGUGCGAGAUGUGAGAAAAACAUUCCCCAAACAUACGAUAAUGGCUGGAAAUGUGGUAACAGGUGAGAUGGUGGAGGAGCUGAUAUUGUCUGGUGCUGACAUCAUUAAGGUGGGGAUCGGUCCCGGCAGUGUCUGUACCACGCGUAAGAAGACGGGAGUAGGAUACCCCCAGCUGAGUGCUGUACUUGAGUGUGCUGAUGCCGCCCACGGGCUGGGAGGCCACAUUAUUUCUGAUGGUGGCUGUACUUGUCCCGGUGAUGUAGCUAAAGCUUUUGGUGCUGGUGCUGACUUUGUGAUGCUGGGAGGCAUGUUUGCUGGUCACACAGAGUCAGGAGGGGAAAUGAUUGAGGAAAACGGCAAGAAAUUCAAAUUAUUUUAUGGGAUGAGUUCAGCUACUGCCAUGAAGAAACAUGCAGGAGGUGUGGCAGAGUACAGGGCCUCUGAGGGUAAGACGGUACAGAUAGAAUAUAAAGGUGAUGUAGACGGCACACUACAGGACAUUCUGGGAGGACUACGGUCUACUUGUACUUACGUGGGGGCCGGAAAACUAAAGGAGCUCAGUCGUAGGACAACAUUUAUACGAGUGACGCAGCAGCUUAAUGAAGUCUUUAGUGCAUUUACCAAAGAACAUUAACAGUCAUAAUGAACGAGUGUUAGACAAGUGUGUGUGUCAUUCCAGUAUUGAUUCCUAAUCUCUCUUUGAUGAAGUCAUUGAUGAUGUCAUUGGUGAUGUCAUUUUACCUUAUUUCUGCAUGGACCUGGAACAGUCAAAGGGAUGAACGGAUUUUAUCAACAGCUAUUUUUUUUUACCUGAUUUGCUUCUAAUGUAAUAUAAAGAAAUUUUGUGCCAAUGUCCAGUUGUUUCAAUCUUGUAUGCAUCUAGUCAGUUGUGCAAAUCAUGGACACUUUUGGAUGUUUUAAUUAUGGUGACUGAAUUUAAUGUCAUCUAUGACUAUGGAAAAGAAAUCCACAUUUUGUUUUAUUUUUCUCCACGACUUUGCAUUUUGAGUUUUCUGUUAUUUGAAUCAUAUUAUUAAAGAUUUUCCCUUGUCCUGUAUUCUUCACAAGGGAAGUUAAUUGUUUCA